ACACGUCGGGGCGGAAGUCGCGGUCCGCUCCACCGCAGGCGCCCCGCAGGCUUCAGCCACCCGCCUAGGGUCCGAGCCGGAAGGAAGUGGAGUGGACCGGGCCGGAGCCGGCCUCCUCCGAGCCGGGUCCGAGCGGCAGCCACGGUCUCUGGAACCGACGCUCCAGGGGCCGAGGAGGAUGAGGCCGAAGAGGCGGCUGCUCCCGGCCGCAGCCGCCCUGCUCUGGGGCUUUCUGCUAAGGAUGACAGCUGCUCAGGAAGGAAUCAUACAUGCAUAUGGAAAUGGAACACCAUUACCAUCUAAGGACUACUGCAUGCUAUAUAAUCCCUAUUGGACAACUCUUCCUACUACAAUAGAAAAUGCAACUUCAUUUAGUUUGGAGAACCUGACCACACCACUCUGCAACCUUUCUGACAUUCCUUCCCCUGGAAUAACAAACAAAGUAGUUGCAGUAUCAUGGGGCACCUGUGAGUUUCUGGAAAAAGCUAAGAUUGCACAAAAAGGAGGUGCUAAAGCAUUGUUGGUUGCCAAUGGCAGUUUACAAUUUCCUCCAACAGGAAACAAAUCCGAAUUUCAAGAUGUGAACCUAUUGAUUGCAUUUAUGACUAACAAAGAUUUGAGAGAUAUGCACCAGACUCUUGGAAAUAACAUUUCUGUGAAACUGUAUUCACCACCUCGACCUAAAUUUGACUAUACUAUGGUGGUCAUCUUUAUAAUUGCCGUGUCAAGUGUGGCCUUAGGAGGUUACUGGAGUGGCGUCAGUGAAUUGGAGGACAUGAAGGCAGUGACAAACACUGAAGAAAGAGAAACAAAAAAGAAGGAAGACUCUUUAACUUUUACUCCACUUACAGUUAUAAUAUUUGUGGUUGGCUGUUGUGUUAUAAUGAUCUUACUUUAUUUCUUCUACAAGUGGCUAGUCUAUGUUAUGAUAUCAAUUUUCUGCUUGGCAUCUUCAAUGAGUUUAUACAAUUGCCUCGCACCACUGAUUGGGAAAAUACCAUGUGGACGAUGCAGGAUUGUAUGUGGCAGCAAAAGCUUUGAAGUGAGACUCCUCUUUAUUGCAGCAUUUUGCAUAUCCUUGGCUGUUGUUUGGGCUGUAUUUCGAAAUGAUGACAGAUGGGCCUGGAUUUUACAAGAUCUUUUGGGAAUGGCUUUCUGUCUGAAUCUAAUUAAAACAUUGAAAUUACCCAACUUCAAGGCGUGUGUAAUACUUCUAGUCCUCCUUCUCAUCUAUGAUGUAUUUUUUGUUUUCAUAACACCAUUCAUCACAAAGAAUGGGGAAAGUAUCAUGAUCGAAGUUGCAGCUGGACCUUUUGGAAGCAAUGAAAAGAAUGGUGGAAACUUGGUGGAAGCCACUGCUCAGCCCUCAGCUCCCCAUGAGAAAUUGCCAGUUGUUAUCAAAGUACCAAGAUUGAUAUAUUUCUCUGCAAUGAGUGUGUGUCUAGCACCUGUUUCAAUACUGGGUUUUGGAGACAUUAUUGUUCCAGGUCUCCUGGUUGCUUAUUGUCGAAGAUUCGAUAUCCAUGUUGGUUCUUCUAUCUACUAUGUUUCCUGUGUAAUUGCCUAUGCUGUGGGCAUGGUGCUCACGUUUAUAGUUCUGAUACUAAUGAAGCAGGGGCAGCCGGCUCUUCUUUACUUAGUACCUUGCACACUUAUUACUGUUGUGAUUGUUGCUUGGAGACGUAAGGAAGUAAAAAAGAUCUGGAAAGGCACUAGCUACCAGAUGAUGGAAAACUUGGACUCUGGAGCUAGUGAAGAAAAUGUGACAACUGAUCAACAAACUGUCAGACAGUGAUAUUAGGUGAACCUGCAAUAAUCUAUUAUAUACGUUUUUCUACAAAUAGACAAAUGAAGUUUGAUUUUUUAAAAUAUGAAUUUUGAAUGGGAAAUUUGAAAGAAUCUUCAAUAAUUUGUAAUGCUUGCAUAUGUAUUUUUUUAUGAGCUGGUACAAAGUACAGCAUAAAUAAUUAAAAUGUAUUUUAAGAGCCAAAAUGUUAGUUGUGCCUUCACAUUAAAUAAAAACAUAUGGUCUGUGCAAUUUUCAAGUGCAUUGUAUGCAGAAUAUUUUUUUCUGAAAGCAUAUCUUGCCCCUGGGCCUCUGGUUAAAUACUUUUCUUCUGGCUUGAAUUUAGUUCCACGACUAGUGACAAAUUGCUAUUUUUGUCCCAGUGAACCUUUGAACAGAUUGUACUAUUAAAGAAUCACACAAAUAUCUUACUAGUUCUUAAAUAUAUGUAGAAAUAACUAAAAUAUAAAAGAAAGCAGUUCCCCUAUUUUUUUUUUAUUUAAUAACUGACCCUCUCAGGUAAGUAGGGCAUAGAAUGUUGGAGUUUGGGGAAUAUGCACAAAAUACUGUUUUUAUGUAAUGUAGUACAAGUAAAACAACUUUAAAAUUGGGUGCCAAUUAAGGAUUUAAUAUAACAUAUCUUGUUAUAACCUUUUUUCCAAAAGCUGAUGAAAAAAGAAGUGACUAAAAUUUUAGUCACCAACACCAAAAAUUAAAUCUGUUUUCUAAUAGCUUAUUAUGUCUUGGCAUGAUAGCUUUCAUUUUUUUCAUUAACAUUAGAUUUUGUUUGAGUGGUUGUAAUCAGGUGGGAGCAAAUGGUAGCCUGAUAACAUACAAAGUGUGAUGUGAUAGAAAGAACACUAAAUUAUCAAGAGACUUAGUUUGAGUCCCUCUACCCACAUUAAUUUCUCUACCUUUGUUUCUUCACCUGUGAAAGGAUUAGAUUAGGUGAACUCUGAAGUCCCAUUCCUGCUCUAAUGUUCUAUGAUUUAAGGCUCAUUGAAUUGGGAAUCUGGCAAUUAAUCCAAAGACAUAAAUCCAGGUCUCCUAGAGGUCAGUGAGUCAAAAAUCACCUUUAUACCUUUUUUUUUUUUUACUUUUGCUCUUCCUAUAAAUCCCUUAACAAAGACUGAUUGUGCAACUGCCAAGAUAGUACAGUUCAGUAACUAAUUUACAAAAUAUGUAUGAUAUGUAGCUAUGAUCUGUUUUUAAGGCCAAAGUAUAACUUACUGAGUCAUAGCUAAUUUUUCUCUUUCAAAGAUCAGAAAAUGACACAGACAGAAUUUGGACUAUAAGGGAAUUUGGUUCUUUGGUUUAAUGUUUAACUUUGCAUUAGUUAAUUACCAAUGGAAGGAGCUAAAGUGAUUUAAGCAUAGUUUCUUAAAACAAUUCCCUUCAGGCCAUCUGAACACCAGGACCCUUAUUUUUGCUUAGUGUAUUUAAUGAUCAGAAGGCCAUAGAAUUUAAGAACUGGUGGGACCCUUGAGAAUCUUCUAGUCUUGUCCUCUGCAGUUUGAAAAUGAAGAAACUAAAAGUCCAAAGAGUUUGUGAGCCAAGUUAAUGCUUGUUAGUGGCCUAACUGGGACCAAAACCUAGGUUUUUGUAGGUUCUUAUUAAAUGAAUGCCUUAUCUAGGACAGAAAAAUUAAUCUUGGCUUCCUAAAACAGUUUCUUAUUGAAAAUCCAGUUUAUUUGGCAGACUCUGAUAGUGAGAGAACAAGAUUAAAUUGCUUGAAAAGCUUCAUCUAUAUUUUGAUGUAUAAUGUCAAUAAAAUUUUUCAUCCAAUAA